CUGCGAGAAUCCGGCGCCAAAAGAGUCGUCGACGUGCGUCUCCGCAACACCUCGGGGCUGGCCGGCUUCUCCAAAAAGCGCGACCUCCCCUGGUUUCUUCGCGAACUGUGCGACAUGGACUACGUCCAUCUGCCCCGCCUGUCGCCAACCGACGCGCUGCUGGAUGAUUACCGGGGGAAGCGCGUCACCUGGGAGGAAUACGAACCCAUCUUCCACUCCUUGAUUGAGCGCCGGCUCAUUCGCGCCGCCAUCCCGCAGGAUAUAAUCGCCGACAGUUGCCUGCUGUGCAGCGAGGACAAGCCGGAACAAUGCCACCGGCGCCUCCUCGCCGAGCAUUUCCAGCGCCAUUGGGGCAACGUCGAAAUCGUCCACCUUGGAUAG